UUUGCUUCAACGACGCCAUUUUAGCAAAAACAACUAGCGUUUCAAUCGGACGAGCUCAAAGUACAAUGGUGAUUCUCGGAAGAGGAAGUAAAUAAAAGAUCGUUGAUUUGGGGAUUUUCAUGUCAUCUGAUACUCAUGUUAAAUAAGCAUAUGGACAUUAUCGCCAUGAAAGAGUUAUCGCUGAACACGUUGGACGACACCAUGUCAGACUCAGAUAGUGAAGGGGUCCCUGAACUCGUGGAGUCAUCGGAUGAGGAUGCCACUGUCAACAGUCACUCUGCCAAGCCCUCUAGGGAGUAUGCUGAUUCGUGGGUUACAAGGAGUGAGCGGUUCCUAGACAGACAGGACGCUCAGGCCCACAUCCUGUCCCUGGGGCCCUUCCUGCUGGGCCUCAACAACUUUGUGUCCCAGCCCUGGAUCCAGGCGCUCAAAGAGGUCAAACUUUUGGAGGGAAACAGGGAGAGGGAGAUUACGGCCCUAUCCUGGUCAGAGUUGGAGGCCCUGGACUUAGUGGAACAGGUUUUCUUUGUAAUGAAAGCUAAACUGAGGAAGUCUGCUUACAUGAUUGCCUGUCUGGAUUUAGUGGACUGUGUUGAAGAAAAAAUGAAGGAGAAAAUCCAAGUGGACAACUGCAUUAAACUGGCAGAACCUGUGGAACUUAUCAUCAAGCUGUGGAAUAAAAUGAACAAAUCAUCAAUAUGCAGCAAGAAUGAGAAACAGACUAAAUUUGCAACCAUUUACAUUGCUAAAGUGUAUCAUAUCAUGGUCCUUGGAGUGGGUCGAGAUUCCAAGGACAUGGCUGAAGAGUACAAAAGGAAUCGACGGAAGAUUCAGUCUGUGGAUCCCUCUAAGUACAAGGAUGCGGGCAAUGAACAGUACCAGCGUGGAAAGUUUGAGACAGCAUCUGACUACUACACCAAGGCUGCUAAAGCCGAUCCUUUUAACCACAUAUUCUAUGGAAACCGCGCCCAGACCUACACUAAAUUACGACGACACGAUGAAGCAUUAUCGGAUGGGCGAAGGGCUAUUACCUUGAAGCCUGACUAUUGCAAGGGACAUUACCGGUAUGCCCAGGCUUUUGCUGAUCUUGAUAGACUGGAUUAUGCCAUAGCUGUAAACAGAAAAGGCUACAUACAGUGCAAGAAGUCACGCAACAAGAACAUUAGUGAGACCAAUCUGAAUGAACUAGAGCAGCAAGGGAAGCGACUCAGUAUGGAGAGAGACACAAAGCUCCGAGAGGAGCGGAUCCGGAAAGUGUUGGAGGACAAAGAAUUUGGAGACAGGUACAUAGAAGAAGAGUUGCCUGCAGAGCUGAGAAAUUUACCUGGGAAGAAGAGAGUUAUCAAACUCACUGAUGCCAUCAAGGUUAUGAACCAGAGUACCAAGUCCAGCAUAGAAAUUCCUGAUAUCCAAACCAGUGAUUCCUCGAGUGGAGACGAGGAACCUGCCAAAAUGGAAACAGCAGAGAAAAAAGAGACAAAGACACAAACAGAUGCCAGCUGGCCUGAAACUUAUUCUGAUAUUAAGUCAGACCUGUUGAGAAUCACAGAGAAGUGGGAGUUUGACAAGAGGAACAUGGAGAUAGAAACACAACUAAUGAAGCAUCGACAGGAACUGGAAAUUGCUAAAUUCAGGCAAAAAAUUGAAUUAGCAAAAAUUGGAGGUUUGAGCGAGCCCAAUCUCCAGGAAUUAGCAGCAGAGGAUGCGGAUGACGAUGAUGAAGGAAAUACCAAUAACAAUGCACAGACAAAAAAAGAGAAAAGAAGGAAAGGGGACAAAAGGAAUAAGAAAAAGGAAGAUGUAGUAAAAACAGUUACAAAAGAGAAGAAAGAAAGGAGUCCUGAGGGAAGCAAGGAAGCUUUGGAGCUGAAGGGAAUCCUGAUGGAGGGGUAUGACAGAUAUCAGCAGGGGGACCCCCGGAACGCCACCGCCGAGUACAGCAAGGCCCUCAAACUGAUCAACAAACACACACUCAAGCAAUUGAAUAUUGAAAAAGUCCACGUAGUCACCACUAAAUAUGCCUGUGGCAUCACUUCUAUAUCAACAGGAAUUCACAAGAUGAUUAUAGAAGGUAUUGACAAGUUCAAUGAUAUUCGUAGCAGACAUUCAGAAAUUAAGUUUCCUCUUGCAUAUUAUGGACUAGGAAAAGCAUACGCAACACUUAACAGGUAUGGGCAAGCAGUAGAGCCAAUCAAACUAGGCCUUAAGAUGGUUGAAAAUCAGAAGUGUAUUAGCUUCUCUUGGCCAGGAACAACUAUCACUAUUGAGGAAAGUGUUCCAGAAAAACUACUGGGUUUGCUGACUGACCUCCUACAGCUGUCCCUGAGUCCCCCACCCCCAGACGCCACCUGUAGAAUCCACAGUGACACAGAUGAGGACCGGGUCAUCAUCUACCAGAGUGACCCAGACUACAAGGGUUUUGUAAGAGUGAUUUGUCAGGCCAAAUGUAAAAUAGAGUUUCAUUACAACUGUUGGAAAGAUUUCAAAUCCAAAAUGGGAGAGAAAAUAGGAGAUAAGGAUAUGCUGGAGACUCCCUGUCCUACUCCAAACUGUGGCACAGUUAUUGUAAAAAUAUCCAUCUACAGACAAGAUGCCAUUGAGAAGCACUUUGAAUCAGAGAAAAUGGAAACCAAUAAAAAACAAGACAAGAAGAAGAAACCAGUGCUGAAGAUGCCUCCAUCGAGUCAAGAUAAAAUCCAGAAGAAGAUGGAGAAGAAGGAACAGAAGAUGAAGAAGAAGAUGGAGAACAAAGAGGAGAAGACGGAGUUAAUGGAGGACAUUGAUCAGAUGUUUCAGGAGAGCGAGAGCCAGAAGGCGGACCUAGCCGGGGGUAAGGAUGGCAACAGAGGUGGGGAUGGGAGGGAGGAGGAGUUUAAAGUCCCUGACCACACCCAGCCCGUCUCAGUGCUGCGUAAGGAUGACGACGAUAUCAAGCUAAACAAGUACAAGGGAACUAAAAAACAAAAGAACAAGAAAAAGAAGGAGAAAGCUGCUAAAGCGACCCUUGCUGUGGAAGUGAACUUCACUGAUAACAAAGACAAGCACCUGCUGAAUGAGCACUCUAUUCCGGACUCUCCCACUAGGGAUUUUUCAGUACCAACAAACAUUCAUGAAAAAGUUCAGGCAUUUGAGAAUUCUUAUGAAAGUAAACCUGUGCAACAUGUAUAUGAUCAAAUCACAGAAAAUUUAUUUUCAUUUUUUGAGGAAAUCCUAAAUGCCCAUGGACCACUUCAUGUUGAUGAUAAAAAGCUUACCUCCUUGAUUGAAGAUUUCCCAAAUGAUGCAAAGGAGAAAAUUGAACAGGUGGGGGGACUAAGCAGUUUUCUGAGACAGUCUCUGAAAUUUGCAAUGAUAAAUGACUAUGUGUGUUUGUUAAAGGACUCUGUGAAAGCUAGAGACAUAUCCUUAGCCCAAGGUUUUGCUAGGCAGACAUUAAGUAACUCUAGUGAUUCCUCGGAUAAUGUGUGGAAAACUGUAGGAAAGCAUUCAAAUUCUAGUAGAGAUCAGCCAGAGAGGACUUCUCCAUUUUCUUUCACUUCGUCAGUGGAUAAUGUGGUCAGUGAGGAUAAACUGAAAGCUGCGUUUCUUCACCAGCCGUAUCCGAUGAAAUCAUCAGGUGUGGAUUCUUUGGAUGAUUUUGGUAGUGUGGUCAAAAAAGGGUCGAUAGAUGCUUUGGAUGAUGACUUUGACUUGGGGCCUGUUAGAACAGGCUCCAAAAUGGACAGGAUUGAUGAAAUACACUUGAUAUCUCCUACAAAGAAGAAGAAAAAGACAAAAACCAAGAUAAGCCGUAAGGACCUAGAUGAUAUAGAUUCACUGUCAUCAUCUCCAAGUAGUGACAAUGACUUUUCUUGUGAGGAUGAUACAGGGAGUUUAAACUCUGAAUUGUCUGGUGCAAGAUCAGGCAAAGUGUCCUUGUCUAGUGUAAAGAUGCAGGCAGAAAAUGGUAGAAUAGUUGACUUGAAGCAAAAUCUUGAUAUCUCUAGUAGAAGUAGUUCUAAAUCAGAUCUAAGUGAAAAAUCAGGAAAUGAUUUAUCCUAUGACCUUAUGGCAAAGGCUUACAGAAAUUCUCCAGUGGCAUCUUUGUAUGUGAAGGACAAACAGGGUCUUUUGUCUGGUUCUCCUACCUUUUCAGAGAAUGGUAGAAAUGUGGACAAGUCUCUGCAUGGACUGACUGCACCCCAACCCCUUAAACUCCCCUCUCAGUUCUCACAGAAAACACCUGGGAUGUCACUCCACUCAGAAGCAAGCAUUGCUGCUGAGAAGGAAAUUGAUAGAAUAGACAAUGAAAUGGUGAAGGAGAUAGCUGAUGAUGUAAUGGAGAGACUGAUAUUGGGGAAGAAUGUUUCGGCCGCGGAGAGACAGGAGAUGUAUAACCGUAUCACACAGGAUAUCUGGAAGGACUUCAAGAAACAACGUACUUCUGUGUCAUCUGUGUGGCCUCUAGACAACAAGUCUUUGUACACCCAAAUGUCUUUGAGUUCACUAGACAGUAGACAGAGGAAAAAUUAUGCAGAACAGUUCAUGAAAAGUCAUUAUGAAAACAAUACUACUGACCCUCUGCAAGGAAAAACAAGUUUUCCCCAUUCUACUCCUAUUCACAGUUUUCCAUAUCCUAGCAAACCUCCUAUUACUACAGUGAGCAACAAUUUUCCAAAUUUACACACUACACAGGGAGUUCCCCCUCCCCUCACCUUACCCACUUCUUUUUCUUCAGCUAACAGUUACACAUCCAAUAUCACCUACCCCUCUUUGAACCCUAGUAUCUGGGCCAGCACCUCAGGGACUAAUGAGGCAAUGCCCAGUAUCCCUAAUGUGACCUCAUUUUCUACUCCCCCUCCCCCACUUAACCUGCCUUCGUUUGCAUCGGGACCAUUUGGAGGCUUCAAUAUAGGGACAUCCCUUACAGAACCCAGUGUUUCUUCAACUUUGUCCUCUGUGUUUGGUACUCAUAGUGAUCAGUGUGUUCAGACUGCGGUAGAAACUCGAGACGUUGAAGUUAAUACUGAGCCCUACGAGUCCUACAUGGCACAGUAUGAACGGAGUAAAGAGGACUGUGAUAACUUGAAGACUCUGGUGGUAAGACUACAGACUCAAGUUGCCGAGCGGGAAGCCAUGCUGAGGGAGUGGACAGUGAAAACUAAGUCUCUGGAAGCAAAUUCUCAGCAGCUCGAUCUAGAGAAGAAGAAUUUAGAGGUCCAGUUACAGGUUUAUGAACAACAGCUCAAUCACUUGAGUUUGGAACUCAACUCCAAGUCUUCUGAUGUAUUAGAUUUAAGAGAGAAAAUCAAUAUUACUGAACAAAAAUGUCUGGACCUGCAGAAACAGCAGCAUGAUGACAGAUUUAGAACUUCAAAACUUGAUAAGGAGAAGUUAGAAGCUGUGAGAAAUAAAGAGGAACUGAAAAAGUUACGAGAGGAAGAAAGUGAAAGGGCCAUGAGAGCAGAGGUUGAACUGCUGAAAGUCAAGAAAAACUUUACUCUGCAAAUGCUGGAAAGAUCCAAAAUGGAGUACAUGGUGUAUAAAAAUAAAGUGUCUAUGAUAGUUAAAAGAAGGAAGGAUGAGGGUCGAUCUGGGGGUCUGAAGCAGCAUCUUGACCAGUACGAGGGGAUCCUGAAGAAGUGUGAGGAGACCAUCAACAGACUCAAGGUGGAGUUUGAUGAACACAUUCGUCAGAUCCAAGGGGGGAAGCGGUUGAGUGAACUUCCCCAGAUUUUCAUUCCCCCUCCUCCCCCUCAACCACAGAUGCCCAAUCUAGAUAUGCUGACCGGUUACACCAUGACGAGUACCGCCAGCGCUCCAUCCCUCUUGGCCUUGGCAAGUGGCUCCCAGUCUGGUGGCCCCAAGUCUUCACCCUCUCCUCCUCUCAGAGGCAGCCAGUCCUCGGCCUCCAACAUUGUACCCCUGUCAAUACCCAGUAUUCAGUCUGCCCCACAGCCCAAACCUUUGGGGCUACCCACAGGAUUACCAGGAUCUCAGAGACCUCUAAUGUCGCAGCCUAUAAAUCCCAUGAUUCCCUCUCUCUCUCAAGGAGCCAUGCCGCAGCCUCACCAGCCUCACAAAACCAGCAACUUUGAGAAACUCAUCAUGAAACUUCAGGUGGCAUUACCAAAGUUUAAUAGAGCGGACUUUACCCGCCUGAUUCAGGAGCUGCGGACCAACAGAGGGGGGUCCCUGUCCGGGAUGACCUUGGAUGAGAUUGUGUCCCAGAUCACCAUCCUGGUCCAUGAUUACGAGAGACAGCAGGGGAGGAGCCCCUCUGUAGCAGCCACCCAACCCCAGGAAAUGAUGACAGGUUUUACGGAUGACCGAGCAAGGAAUCCGCCCCCUGGUCUUCCAUUGUCCUGGGGUGUGUCAGGGACAGACUUGGUCAGUCUGGGGAUCACCAGCGAGGUGUUUGAGGAGGAGGAGGACCCCUGUGUCAUCUGUCAUGAGGAGAUGACUCCUCCCACCACCGUCAUGCUGGAGUGUAAACAUCGAUUCCAUGAUGAGUGCAUCAGGAAAUGGCUCAGAGAACAGAGUACUUGUCCUAACUGUCGACCAAAGACCAUUUUGAAGUCUAUAUCGGGGGAGUUUCGUUCCGGAGAACUGACGGCCAUUAUGGGACCAUCUGGAGCAGGCAAAUCGUCUCUCAUGAAUAUAUUGGCUGGAUACAGAACUCUGAACGUGACUGGAAAGAUUCACGUGAAAGGCAAGGAUCGAGAUCUACGAACGUUUCGGAAGAUUUCUUGUUACAUCAUGCAGGACGAUCACCUGCUUCCUCACCUGAGUGUGGAGGAGUCCAUGAUGUGCUCAGCCAACCUGAAACUGACCGAGAAAAUGUCCAGCCGUGAAAAAGAGGAGAGGGUUGACGAGAUCUUGGACACUCUCGGACUGCUGGAGACAAAGAAAACAAGAACCAGCAACUUGUCCGGAGGGCAGAGGAAGCGCCUGUCCAUAGCCCUGGAGCUGGUCAACAACCCACCCCUCAUGUUCUUUGAUGAACCCACCAGUGGGUUGGACAGUGCCUCCUGCUUCCAAUGUGUGUCCCUCCUGAAGUCGCUAGCAGCCGGCGGUAGGACCAUUAUCUGUACCAUCCACCAGCCCAGUGCCAAACUCUUUGAGAUGUUUGAUCAUUUGUACAUGCUUGCGGAGGGAAACUGCAUCUACCGUGGAACCACCAAGGAUCUGGUCCCCUACCUUUCCUCCCAGGGGCUGAUGUGUCCCCAGUACCACAACCCAGCUGAUUAUGCCAUGGAAGUGGCUUCAGGGGAAUAUGGAGAAGAAAAGGUAUCGAAGCUGAUCAAUUCAAUACACAAUGGGCAUUGUGAGGAGAUAGCGAGGAGAAACGCCAAACUGGAGGAGGGAAGCAGGACCCCCUCACCACCUGCCACCCCCAACAAUAAUACUCAGGGAAACGGGGUCAUUCCCACCACACCUCAGGACCCGGAGAAACAGAGUCUACUUGAGAGUGAGAACUUCACCAACGGCAAAGUGGUCCACUACAACGGGUCACUGAAGGGCAAGAAAGACCAGGAUGUACAAGACUUGGAAUGUCACACCUUUGCCACCAGCUGUUUUACACAGUUCAGAAUUCUGUUUGUGCGGACACUCCUGUCCAUCCUCAGGGAUACAACAUUGACUCGGCUGCGUUUGAUCUCUCACCUGACUGUGGGCAUUCUGAUUGGUCUGUUGUACCUGGGGAUUGGAAACGAGGCCAGUAAAUGGCUGAACAACGCAAGCUUCCUCUUCUUCUGCAUGCUCUUCCUAAUGUUCACAGCACUGAUGCCGACAGUCAUGACUUUUCCCAUUGAGAUGGCUGUGUUUGUGAGGGAACAUCUGAACUACUGGUACAGUGUGAAGGCCUACUACCUGGCAAAGACAAUGGCCGACAUGCCCUUCCAGAUCGUCUUCCCGCUGGUUUACGGCAGCAUUGUGUACUGGAUGACGUCCCAGCCGAGCGACUUUUCACGGUUCGUCAUGUUCCUGACCCUAGCCACACAAACGUCACUGGUGGCCCAGUCGCUCGGACUACUCAUUGGGGCAGCCACCUCACUACAGGUGUCGGUGUUCCUGGGACCGGUUACAGCCAUCCCCAUCCUGCUGUUCAGUGGAUUCUUUGUCAACUUUGAUACAAUACCAGUUUACCUCCAGUGGCUUUCAUAUAUAUCCUACGUCAGGUACUCCUUUGAAGGAGUUCUGCAGGCUAUAUAUGGAUUUGACAGGGACACUUUGGAGUGUGAGAAACAACCCUGCUACUUCAGUAAACCAGAGGAAAUUCUGCAGCAGAUGGAUGUUCAAGAUGCCAAAUUCUACAUUGACUUCAUUGUGCUGUGUGCUUUCUUCGUUAUCCUCAGAGUCGGCUGUUACUUCGUACUGAGAUGGAGAGUCAAGGCUGAACGAUGAGGAACCAAGGGGAUUUUUAUUCAAGAAAAAAUCGAAAAGACAGUGUUGUACAAUGGUGAUGUAUUGUUAUUUGACAGAAUUGUUUUACAUAUACAUGUAUAUUAACCUCAUGUUUAACAAGAUCAUUACAUUUUGUUUAUAAUCGGAGGAGAAAGAUGUAUGUAGCUACAAACACACAUAUUGAACAAUGUUAAUUGGUGUGUUUAAAUAAGGGUUGGAAAAUAAGAAAUCAAAGUAUACAAUAAGGAUGAAAUAUUUAAAAGCUAUAAAAUACAUUCUUGUAUUGCCUAUGUCUCAUCAUAUUAUUGAUUAUCAUCCCAGUAAUUGGUUUUUGAUAAAAAAUAACAAAUUUUUGGGGGGGGGGGGGGGGGUUGUCAGCAUGAGCUUUAUUCAUUACAUUAUAUAAUUGAUUUUUUUUUUCUUUUUGUUAAGAUUUCAUGAACUGUUAACGAAUGGCAUAUCUUCUAGUCAAGUGCAGUAACACAUGAUAUUGUUUUGAAAAAAAAUUGCAAGUGGUAAUGAUAAGUUAUUAUCUUAUCUUUAAUAAAAUUCAAUUUUCAUCUCAAAUUUGAAAUCAUUGUAUUAAUACAUGUUGUAUCCAUGUUUUACUUCGCUUUGCAAUUUGUGUACAGGUCUGUCUCUGUAUUACAUAUGUCAAUCAAACGAAGCACUGGCGCGCGAGGCCCAUUUUAACCGUCAUCAUAAUCUUGAAUAGAAUCAUGUCUGUAAACUAUCUUGUUUAUUGUUUAUAUACAUGUGCAUGUGUGGUUAUUUUGAUAUUUUUGCAGUGCUUAACAUAUAACUCUUUUUUAGUUGGAAGAUUGGUUAAUUUUUUAUAUUGUUAACUAUUGUGUUUUUCUUUAUUUUCAUUGUUAAGUUAUUUUAAAUUAAAACUUAUUUCUUGGGUUAGCGGAAGAAAGACAUAUACUCAUUGGAUCUUUGUUGUUUGUGUAUAUUUUCUGAUAACCAAUGAUUGUUUGAUGAUUUUUAUUUUGAAAUUGAUAUUGAAUUGUAAUUGAUUAGUUAAGGAUAUGUCACCAUUCAAAAAACAUUUAUAGUUUAAUACUGCAUGGCUAAUAUCACAAAAAGCAAUUAUUGUAGACGCUAAACAAGGCAUGGAUUUGUUUACACAACAUAACUAUCUUGUCAUUGUACUCCACUUAUUGAUUCGAUAUAGACAUCAUGUUUUUGUGGUCAGCCGGAUUGACUACAUGUAUUACUUGUCUUUUGAUUUUCUAAUUAUUUGUCAUUACUCUCCACAUUUCAACCUUACAUUCAGUAUUAUUGCUUCAUUUUCAUGCUCUUCACCAAUUUGAUUUAUAGUUGAUUUUACCACAGAUACAUACACAUUUUUCAGAAUGGUUGAUUAGAGAUUUUACACACUUGAUCUACCUUUUAAAGUGACAAUGACAAUAUUUUUAUAUGCGUAUGAUGAUGUACAUGUAGAAGAGAAAUCUUUAUUUUUUCUUGCUGUAUUGAUUUGACAUUUCGAUGAUUCUUUCUACAUGUAUUAACUAUUACAAUUUAAAGGAGGGCUAGUUUCAAGGGUUGUCAAUUUUCCACAGGUUCAUAAGGACAGAAUUAGGCAGAUUUUCUUGAGAAUGCACCAUUAGUAAGAUUUGACUAUUUCACGAUUUGUUGUUAGGGUGUAUGUGAAGAAUGAGGGUAUCCACAAGUCUUUGACAAAGAAACUGUAGUUUUCCAAAUCAAGAGUAGCUUAGAAUUCUUUUUUCGAUCUGCUGCUUUUAUGCCAGUCAGUGUGUCUUAGUUCAGGAAAUAGAAUGAUAUCUACACUUUUAGAUUGUAGCUGUUAGUUGAAUUAAGCCUGCUUCCAUGUGUUGAGCUUGGAAUAUAACUCAAAAUAACAAACUCCCUGAAGCAGCUUGUGAUACAUACACACCUUUACUUUUUUCAUCUGAGUGUUGUCUGUGAUAACAAAAACUGUUAUAAAGUGCAAUCUUUUUAUAAGGUUUCUUUUGUUUAUUUUCAACUUGAAAUCAUUGUUUUCAGCAAAUGUUGAAAUCUGUUAAUGUUAACAGGUCAUUUAGAAGUGCUUUUGAGUUAAGACAGUGGUUCUCUGAGAACUGGAUAUUGAAAAAAAUUCUGUAUUUUGUCUUUUCAAAUAAAAUGAUAAUAAUGAAA